AUGAAAAGUGUGUUUGGAGGGUUUGAUGGUGGCAUAGUCAUGAUUUGCAGUUGCUUUGGUGGUUUGAAUUGGUGUAAAGGGAAGGGUGAACCUGCUGAGCAGAUGCUUGAACAAGUGGGGGAAACUAAAAGCUUUAGCUAUAGCUCAUUGAGAUCUGCUACGGGUGAUUUUCAUUCGUCCUGCAAAAUUGGUGGAGGAGGCUAUGGAGUUGUCUACAAGGGUGUUUUAAGGGACGGCGCUCAAGUUGCUAUCAAGUCUCUCUCUGUAGAAUCUAAACAAGGAACUCAUGAAUUUAUGACAGAAAUUGAGAUGAUAUCAAAUAUACAACAUCCAAAUCUUGUUAAACUAAUCGGCUUCUGUAUUGAGGAUAAUCAUCGAAUAUUGGUGUACGAGUUUCUCGAGAACAAUAGCCUCGCUAGUGCUUUGUUAGGUUCAAAAAGUAAAUGUGUUCCGUUGGAUUGGCGAAAAAGGGCUGCUAUUUGCUGCGGUACAGCUUCUGGUCUAACCUUUCUUCACGAAGAAGCUCAGCCAAACAUUGUUCAUAGAGAUAUCAAAGCAAGCAACAUAUUGCUGGACGAGAAAUUCAAUCCGAAAAUCGGUGAUUUUGGUCUUGCAAAACUUUUUCCUGACAAUGUCACUCAUGUUAGUACCCGAGUUGCAGGAACAAUGGGAUAUCUCGCACCGGAAUACGCACUUCUAAGACAGCUUACAAAGAAGGCUGAUGUAUAUAGUUUUGGGAUUCUGAUGCUUGAAAUAAUCAGCGGUAAAAGUAGUAGCAAAGCUGCAUUUGGCGACAAUAUUUUGGUUCUGGUGGAAUGGUUUCUGCGAAUAAUGUCAUUCAUGUAUGCAGCUUGGAAGCUGAAAGAAGAAAACCGGCUUCUGGAACUUGUUGAUUCCGAACUAACCGACUAUGACGAGAACGAGGUGUAUAGGUUCCUUGUGGUUGCUCUCUUUUGCACCCAAUCAUCAGCUAAACAUAGACCAACCAUGAAACAAAUGGGAUACGUCGGGAAAGAUGAGCAGUUACUGAACGAGACGUCGUCGUCGUCUCAAGUAAUCAAGUACAAAAGAUCUGAAAAUCAACAUCAAACCUCGACGCAAUUUAGCGGCACAGAUAUUGCGACAGAGAUGUUUCCUAGAUGA